CUUAGGUAGGUACCUAGAUAGGUAGGAUAAGUUAUGAAACAUGACCAAACGACCCGAACUCGACGUGAGUCAUGGAGAGAUACAGAAAGGCUCGGAGUAGUCUCGUUUGGCAUUUAUGUUCUCAAGCAGCGACAAUGGAAAAUUGAGAAAAGAUGAAUUCGAAUGACUUGAGCAAAGCUUGGAUUACAUAAUAAGGGCGAAACUCUCGACUAGGUAGCGAUACGGUAACAAUCUGUGAAUUAUUUUCUACGAUCUGGAAGGAGGUACAUAUACUUAAUAUUUUUAUUUGUUCAGCUCCAGGCCGGUCAAAUCGGCAAGCUUCUUCGACUUCGUCUCCUCGUCGCUAAUUUCUUUCGACGAACAUCGACCAGCAUUAUACCGGCCUCGGGAUGUUUAAUAUGGCCUUUCGAAUUCCUACUCGAUAUUCCACAUUCGUUACAGUUCGGCGCCUCUCAUCUCAGGCUACAGCAGCGUCUAAUAUCUCGCAAAAUGGCCAAGAGUCUAUAUCCCGCGAGGCAACUUUGCCAAACCCCGAUCCAUCUGACGACUCGGCCAGUGCAGCCCUAGUGAAGAACCAUUCCAAGUUUAUGCUGGCAACUUAUGCCAGGCCGCCUCCAGUGUUCGUGAAAGGGGAGGGUUCCUACUUGUGGGAUUUAGAAAACCGUAAAUAUCUGGAUUUCACCGCCGGUAUUGCUGUUAAUGCGCUCGGACAUAGUGACCCCGGCCUAGCGAAGGUCAUCUCAGAUCAGGCGCAAACACUAUGGCAUGCAUCCAACCUUUACUAUAACCCCUGGACCGGAGCGCUUUCCCAGCUUCUAGUAGAGAAAACUAUCGCAUCAGGUGCCAUGCACGACGCCGCGACCGUCUUCAUCUGCAAUUCGGGUUCCGAGGCGAACGAAGCCGCAAUCAAAUUUUCCCGAAAGGUUGGCAAGGUGUUGGACUCUACUGGUGCCAAGCACGAAUUCGUCUCCUUUUAUAAAUCAUUCCACGGGCGAACUAUGGGGAGUCUCUCCGCGACACCAAACCCCAAAUACCAAGAACCGUUUGCGCCGAUGCUACCGGGUUUCAGGUAUGGAACGUAUAACGACAUCGGCGCCAUCAACGACCUCGUGACAGAUAAGACGUGCGGUGUAAUAAUCGAGCCCAUCCAAGGCGAAGGGGGAGUCAAUGUCGCCAGCGACCAAUUCCUCAUCGCCCUAGCGAAGAGGUGCCGCGAAGUAGGUGCCGUUCUCAUCUAUGAUGAGAUCCAAUGCGGUCUGUCGAGGACCGGCACGCUCUGGGCCCACAGCCACCUACCCAAGGAGGCACAUCCAGACAUACUCACUACGGCGAAAGCACUUGGCAACGGCUUCCCUAUUGGUGCUACUAUAGUCAGUCAUCACGUUAGCGAGAAGAUCAAGAUUGGUGAUCACGGUACGACCUUUGGCGGCAAUCCGAUGGCGUGUCGCCUCGCGCACUAUGUAGUCUCACAACUCUCGGAUCCUAAGUUGCAGCAGGAUGUCCUUUCCAAGUCCAAACUCUUCGUGGAGCGGUUUGAGCUCAUGCGAGAACGAUACCCCAACCUUAUAACUGAGAUUCGUGGCAAGGGCUUAAUCCUUGGCGUACAGUUGACCCAAGAUCCGUUGCCAAUAGUAAAGGCCGCUCGAGAGAGGGGACUGCUGGUGAUCACUUGUGGGACAAACACGCUCCGAUUCGUCCCGCCUCUCACGGUGAGCCAGGAUGAAAUCGAGAGCGGGUUAAAUAUUCUAGAAGAUGCAAUUGGUGCGACUCGGUAACGUUCAUUUUGUACAUAGGCGUGGCGUUGAGGGUUAUCGGAAAAGGAUCUCUUUCCAGCUAGACUUGAAACGUAUAUGAUGAGACACGGUAGUUAGCAAUUCUAUAGGUACAUACUUAGGUAGUCAUUAAUCUUUGGCUCUGAAGUUCAACUUGUGUUUGUGCGAAACGUGAACUGGGGGGUAUUGGAGCUUAUUGAGAAGGAUAUUACUGCUAAGGGAUUUAGUACUCAGGAGUACAUUUAAUCAACUAACCAAAUGCUUUGAUAACUGGGGCCUGAGACCGAAGGGAUAUUGUGAUGAUGUUAUGGCGAUUGAGCAAGAAAGACUUAUCACACUCUAGCCAGUGGUAGUAUCAAGUAGAAGCACGACUCAGG